UGCUGCUCUUGUCUGCACAGCCCUCCGUGGUUGCCUCUGUCUGCUGCCGACCCCUCACCCCAGUCAAGACCCCAGCGGCCUGCGCGCUUCGUGCGGACGUUCGAGACGCCGCGAUCCUUCGAAACCGUAACACUUUUAUUGUUGUUUGAUGCACAACUCUUGUCCUCACGCGAGAAACGACGGCGCUUGUUACACGACUCUCUUAAACGCCAACACACACCCCCCCCCCACACACAGUACAGUACUUUAACAAUAACCGCGCUCACAGUAUUCUUUACAAGGAUAAACCAUCGCGUGAACGGCUGCUAAUGGCAAUAGCUACGCAACGACCUUCGGAAGAUGCGUAACAACACAACAUCAUUGCUUUGCAUCUUGAUUUGAAGCUUUCGUCACUGCGUGAAUCCAUAGUCUUGUGUUUAUUCCGGAUGUUCGGCUGGAACUCCCUGAGCCUCUGGCGGGGUCCCCGCCUGCGCUCGCUGCUGCUGCCGCCGCUCGCCACGCGGCUCGAGAGCCCGCGAUGGAGCCACGGCGCCGGCGACGUGAGAGCCGUCAUUUUCGACAUGGGAGGAGUGAUCCUGCCGUCGCCGUACCCGCCCAUUCAAGAGUGGGAGGCGGCGUGCGGGCUGCCGGGCGGCACGGUGCUGCGCGUGCUGCGUGACGGCGGGGAGGCGAACGCGUGGUGCCGCUACCAGCGUGGGGAGAUGUCGCCCGAGAGAUUCGAUGAGCUCUUCGGCGCCGACUGCUCCAGAAUCGCGGGGCGCGCGGUGAGCGUGGACGGCUUCGUGGCGCACCUGGUGGGGCAGCUCGCCACGCCGGUGCCCGGGGCGCUCGCGGCGCUGAGGGGAGCGCGCGAGCGCGGCGUCAAGACGGCGCUGCUCACCAACAACUUCUACGUCCGCGGCGGCGCCACUUUCCUCCCGCUGGACCGCGCCCUCUUCGACGUGGUGGUGGAGUCGUGCGUGGUCGGGAUGAAGAAGCCGGACCCCAGGAUCUACUCGCUCUGCCUGGAGGAGCUCGGGGUUCCUCCGAGCGCUGCCGUCUUUCUCGACGACCUCGGAGAAAACCUGGCACCGGCUCGGGCCCUGGGCCUUCGCACCAUCAAGGUGGGGGACCUCAAGGUGGCACUGGCAGAGUUGGAGUCCCUGCUGGGCUUUUCGCUGUCCCACGGCGCCCCGGACACCGGCGCCGUGCGCGCCGGCCUGGAGAUUGACGAGCGGGCGCUGGCUGCCUACCUGCACACGGCACUGGGGCUGCACGCGGACGCCCUACUCGUGCGUCAGUUCCGGCACGGCCAGUCCAACCCAACGUACUACGUGGAGUGUGGCGACCGCAAGCUCGUCCUGCGCAAGAAGCCGCCGGGAAAGCUGCUGCCAUCGGCGCACGCCGUGGAGAGGGAGUACAGGGUGAUGAAGGCUCUGGGAGCGGCAGGAGUUCCCGUACCGCAAGUGCUCUCUCUGUGCGAGGACUCCAGCGUGCUGGGGACGCCCUUCUACCUGAUGGAGUACGCCGAGGGGCGCAUCUUCAAAGACCCGUCGCUGCCGGAUCUGUCUCCAGAGCAGCGCCGCAAGGUGUAUUCCGCGGUCACCUCCGUGCUCAGCCAAAUCCACCGGGUGGAUCCCAGCUCCGUGGGGCUCACCGACUUCGGCAAAACCGGACGAUACGUCGGGCGGCAGGUGCAGACGUGGACAAAGCAAUACCGAGCGAGCGAGACCAAACGCCUGCCCUCCAUGGAGCUGCUCUUGGAGUGGCUGCCGGCUCACCUGCCCCAAGAGGAGGCCACCUGCGUGGUGCACGGUGACUUCAGGCUGGACAACCUGGUGUUCGACGCGGAGCGGCUGGAGGUGCGAGCCGUGCUCGACUGGGAGCUGUCGACGCUGGGCGACCCGCUCUCUGACCUCUCCUACAGCUGCCUGGCUCACCAUCUGCCCUGCAAUUUCCCCAUCCUGCCCGGGCUGAAGGGCCGCGACCUCGUGGCGCUGGGCAUCCCGAGCGACGAGGAGGCGAUGAAGGCGUACUGCGGCGCCUCUGGCCGCCCACCCGUCGAGGACUGGCACUUCUACUUGGCCUUCUCCUUCUUCCGCGUCGCCGCCAUCCUGCAGGGCGUCUGCAAGCGGGCGCUCUCAGGUCAGGCGAGCUCGGCGCGUGCCGAGGAGGCUGGCCAGUUGGCGGAGGCGAUGGCUGACGUGGCUUGGGGUUUCGCCACACGAGAAGGAUUCCGCAUCUUCAAGGGGCAGCCCAAGCCACCCGGCGGUGGUGCGCCAGGGCAAUCCGGCCGGCCCUACAGCACCAGCUGCCGCAGCAUGGCUGUCCACCGCGCGCAGGCACCCAGCUGCCCGCGGCACCACCGCCGCUUCUCCGCCACUGGCGCGGGCAAGCCGGCCGCGGCGAGCGGGCGUGGUGACGGCGGUAGAGGUGGCGGAAUGCCGGUGCGGGAGGCGGAGCUGGCCCCGGCGGCCCGCGCGACGGUGGAGGCCGUGCGAGCAUUUGUGGGCGAGCACGUGAUCCCCGCGGAGGCCGAGCUGCGGCGGCACGGGGAGUCCGAGCGGCGCUGGGAGCCGCACCCGCUGCUGGAGCAACUCAAGACGGAGGCGCGUGGGGCCGGGCUCUGGAACCUGUUCCUGGCGCGGGAGGCCGACCCCGACGCCCGGUACGGAGCCGGCCUCACUAACGCGGAGUACGCCUUCGCCUGCGAGGAGAUGGGUCGCUCGCUGCACGCUUCCGAGGCGUUCAACUGUUCCGCCCCGGACACGGGGAACAUGGAGGUGCUCGUGCGCUACGGCACGGACCAGCAGCGCCGACGCUGGCUGGCGCCGCUGCUCGACGGCAAAAUCCGAUCCUGCUUCGCCAUGACGGAGCCUCAGGUGGCCUCCUCUGAUGCCACCAACAUCGAGGCGUCUAUCGUGGAGGCCGGCGACAGCUACGUUCUGAAUGGCCGCAAGUGGUGGACGUCUGGUGCUCUGGAUCCUCGCUGCGAGCUCUGCAUCUUCAUGGGGAAGACGGAUCCGGCGGCGCCGCGGCACCGGCAGCAGAGCAUGGUGCUGGUGCCCAUGGACACGCCGGGGCUGCGGGUGCUGCGCCCACUCUCCGUCUACGGCUUCCAGGACCCGCCUGGGGGUCACGGCGAGCUGGAGUUUGUGGAGGUGCGCGUGCCGCGCGACAACGUGCUGCUGGGGCCCGGCAGGGGCUUCGAGAUAGCCCAGGGCCGCCUGGGCCCCGGGCGCGUCCACCACUGCAUGCGGCUCAUCGGCUCCGCCGAGCGGGCCCUGCAGCUCAUGACCGACAGGGUGAAGUCGCGCGUCGCGUUUGGGAAGCCGCUGGCCGAGCAGGGAACCGUCAUGGCCGACAUGGCCACGUCGCGCGUCGAGCUGGAGCAGGCGCGGCUGCUCGUGCUGAAGACGGCGCACCUCAUGGACUCGCUCGGCAACAAGGCGGCAGCACCGGAGAUCGCAAUGAUCAAGGUGGUGGUGCCCAGCAUGGCCCAGCAAGUAAUCGACCGUGCCAUCCAGGCGUUUGGCGCUGCCGGCCUGGGCCCCGACCUGCCGUUGGCCGAGUUCCACAUGUGGGCACGGGCGCUGCGGAUCGCCGACGGGCCCGACGAGGUUCACCGUGCCACCGUCGCCAAGAUGGAACUCCGGGCGCCCCGCCUGGCCUAACCUCCCUCUCUCUCCCCCCCACUCCCUCUCUCUCCCCCCCCACUCUCUCUCUCCCCCCCCACUCUCUCUCUCUCUCCCCCCCCACUCUCUGUCAUCCUGCGCGUCCGUCUUCUUUCUCCGGGCCUACCGGCGCUCAACUCCGCGCACGAAAGCCCUCCCCCUCGUUUCAACGCGCAGUCAAAAAACCCCGAGUGUCCACGGGACGCGCGUGUCCGUGAAAACCCGUGCGUCCGUGACGCACCCGCGUCCGCGCACCGCAACUUUGACUUGCCUAUCCCGGCAGCGCAUUUCACGGUGGUGUAUGUAUAUAUAUGUAUUUCCCUUUUUUCCCCAACUCAACCGGGAAUCUGGGCCGCAGCCAGAAUUUUCUGGGCUGAACGUGCGGCGCAGACUGCUUGUCCUGAAAUUUCCCCACCUCAUUGAAGGGGGACCCCUUCCGUGUCAGCAGCCGUGCCAAGCGCUGGUGUCCUGCGUGGCGGGGACAUUUAACGUUUGGCGCAACGUUUGACGAGUAGCGUUUGCUUUUCGCGAGCACCCCGACUUUGAUCUCUUCCGACUCGCAAGUGCUUUAUAUAUGGGUAAGUUUUAUUGCUCGCAACUAUUUUAUUUGUGGGAGAGGGCUUCCCAAACUCGCGUGAUGAACCCCAGCAACUCAGCCAAGUCCUGGGCACGCCAGCUCGAGUUGGCCUUCACCUCGAGAAAAGCGUUUACCUGCUUAACCUCUUGACCUCUGGGGUUGGGUGGGUGAUAACGGCCCUUAGUAGCCAGUGGUGGCAGUUCCACCACCUUCCCCAUUUGAGAGCCGUUCUCUUCACAGACAACCACCGUUGAUUUCCCACAAUGUGAUUUGUUUGAAGCAGCAUUCGGAUCUGCUGAUCUGAACUAAGUAUAUGGUUGUUUUUUUUGUGUGCACGCUGCAUUUGUCUCACCCGAGUGUGUGCGUGUGGCGCGUUUUUGCUGCCAGUCAAACCAGGGCCACCUGGGUCUGUCCCCGUGACCUCCUGCCGAUGGCAAUUGUUGUCGUUGGGGAGCGAUCACGCAGUUCGUUAGCGCAUUGCCCGACAAGCCGGGCGACACGGCUUCUCGAUUCCCCCUCACCGUAGCCAACAUUGGUAUUUGAACCGGUCCCACGCCUCCCCUAGGUCAGUUUCAGUUUUCAGUUUCAGUUUAUUUUGGUAUAGCCCUGUGAGCCAUUCGGCGCUUGAAUCGGGUGCAGCCACAACAAACAAAAACAU